CGGCGUGAUCCGGCAUCUGCUGCUGCUGUUGCGGGAGGAAGAGCCGCUUUACUCUCUCUGUGCUUUUUAGCCGAGCUGCCCCUUUCAGUUUCGCCUUGAGAAAAAGACGUUUUCUCCCCGUAUCGACCGGCUCCAUCAGGCCGCCUUGAUCCGAGGGACUGUCAGGUUUAGGUUGCGAGGUGGUCGGUGUCGGUUUAGAGGGAACCAGUCGGCGUUUUGGCCUUUUUAAAUCGAGCGUAGUUCGGUUUCGGUGACAGCAGCACAGGAACAACAAUGGCUCUGAAGAGAAUUCAUAAGGAACUGCACGACUUGGGCCGUGACCCACCUGCUCAGUGCUCAGCAGGGCCAGUAGGGGAUGACAUGUUUCACUGGCAGGCCACAAUAAUGGGACCAAAUGACAGUCCUUACCAGGGUGGGGUGUUCUUCUUGACCAUUCACUUUCCCACAGAUUACCCCUUCAAACCGCCAAAGGUUGCAUUCACCACAAGAAUCUACCACCCAAAUAUCAACAGCAAUGGCAGCAUCUGUCUGGAUAUUCUAAGGUCUCAGUGGUCACCUGCCCUCACCAUCUCCAAAGUACUCUUGUCAAUCUGCUCUCUGCUGUGCGACCCCAAUCCGGAUGACCCCUUAGUACCCGAGAUUGCCCGCAUCUACAAGACUGACAGGGAAAAGUACAACAGAAUAGCUCGGGAAUGGACACAAAAGUAUGCAAUGUAGUUUUGGAGUUAGAAUCAUGGCGGGAAAAAAAAUUACACCUCUCCAUCUUAAGGUUAGGGGAGAUUUGAAAGUUUAAGAGAUAAAAAAAAAAAAAAAAAGCUAAAGAAAAAAAAACAGAUCUUGUUGGUUUCCAUUGGAGUGCUUUCUUUAAGCCACGCCUCCCCUCACCAGAGCACCUCCCCCCCACUCCCCACCUUACCCCACCCUCCUGGUAGCCAUGGUGUACAUACUUUCAAACUUCGACUGUAGCUCAAAUCCAGCUGUUUUCCCUCCACCCCACCAACUCCCCCACCCGAAAACAAACAAACGAAAAAUCUUCGCUCCAUGUCUCUUGCUUUACCGUCUCCGUCGCAGCAAUGGUGACGUGCCUGCUGCUUAGGGUCAGCCAGUCUCAAUUUUUGCAGUUGAAAAUCUUCAUGACUCUAAAAGCAUUCCUUGUUUUUAAGCACUGGGGAGGGAGGGAAAUUAUUUUUCUUUGUUUUUCUUUUUUUUUCUUAUCUCCCCUGUUUUGUGAUUAUAGUGGAAAUUGAGGGAUAUGUUCUUUACAUUUUUCCAUUUAUUCUGUUUCCUGGGCUUCCAGAUGUAUCUUGGAUCAGGAAAAGGGUUUAUUUUUUUAUUUUUAUUUUUUGUUUUGUUCCUUUCUAUUGACUGAGGAGGGAGGGGUGUAUGCUGGCUAUCUUUUGUAUAAAAUCUAUAAGGAAUUCUUUUAAAAUCAUAGCAGGUUUAUUAAUGGCAAAAUGUCGGACCUUUGGGUCCUCUCUUCUGGAUCAUUCUAAAGGACUUGAAUACUAUGAAUAUAAGUUACUUUUUGUUUUUCCAUUUGCCAUAACCAAGACUGUCUUUACCCCUUCCCUUAGCCACGACCAAUUCAGCAUCAUUCUCACUGUUCUCGAGAAUUUUGGACCAGUUAUUUAAAGCAGAAUCUUAGUUAAGCACGUGUUAUGAGUUUACUUUUUUGUUGUUUUUCUUCUCCUGCCCCCCCCCCCAAUAACUCUUAGUUCCAUUUUAGCUGCAUUUUUUUUUGUUUCCCCUCUGCUCUUGUUGAAAUUAGAUGCUAACAUGGCUGAGACAGACUCGAUUGGGUCCCCGGGUGAGAGGACACAACUCCUCACAGACAAACUUCUGUAUAUUUAAUUUCCUGACAGGCUCGUUGAGCUUUGUGUGUUGAUUAAAACUGUGUAAUAAAAUGAUUACUAAAGUCUGA